AUGGGUUCGAGAUUCCCAUCUCAUCAGCUCAGCAAUGGUCUGUAUGUAUCAGGCCGUCCUGAACAGCCGAAAGAAAAGGCUCCGACAAUGAGCUCGGUUGCCAUGCCUUAUACGGGCGGUGACAUCAAGAGGUCGGGGGAGUUAGGGAAAAUGUUUGAUAUUCCUAUGGAUGGCUCUAAAUCUAGAAAAUCAGGUCCAUUAAAUAAUGCUCCUAUAAGGACGGGAUCGUUUGGAGGCGCUGUUUCGCACUCCGGCCCGAUUAUGCAGAACGCGGCUGCUCGUUCUGCUUAUGUCACAUCAGGUAAUCUAUCUGCUGCAGGCAUGUCUACUUCAGCCUCAAUGAAAAGGACGAACUCUGGUCCGCUAAAUAAACAUGGGGAACCGGUCAAGAAGUCGUCUGGUCCUCAAUCAGGUGGCGGUACACGCCAAAACUCUGGUCCAAUACCUCCUGUUCUUCCAACAACCGGUCUGAUUACAUCUGGCCCACUAAACUCAUCAGGGGCUCCAAGGAAGGUGUCUGGUCCAUUAGAGUCUUUAGGGUCGAUGAAAGCGCAUAAUGCUGCUGUAGUUCAUAAUCCAGCUGUGACUACUCUCAGUGUGGACGAUGAAUAUUCCUUCAAAAAGAACUUCCCUAAGCCAAUAUUGUGGUCCGUCAUUCUGAUUUUUGUUAUGGGAUUCAUUGCUGGUGGCUUUAUUCUCGGAGCUGUCCACAAUGCUAUAUUGCUUAUUGUUGUAGUAAUUCUUUUUGGUGCGGUCGCGGCAUUGUUCACUUGGAAUAGUUGUCGGGGAAGAAAAGCUAUUGUUGGUUUCAUUUCUCAAUAUCCAGAUGCCGAGCUUAGAACUGCCAAGAAUGGACAGUUUGUGAAGGUUUCUGGGGUGGUUACUUGCGGCAAUGUUCCAUUAGAGUCCUCUUUUCAAAAAGUUCCAAGAUGUGUAUAUACAUCCACUAGCUUGUAUGAGUAUAGAGGAUGGGAUUCCAAAGCAGCUAACGCAAAACAUCGCCGUUUUACUUGGGGACUCCGUUCGACAGAGAGGCAUGUGGUGGAUUUUUACAUCUCUGAUUUCCAAUCCGGAUUGAGAGCAUUGGUUAAAACAGGCUUUGGUGCAAGGGUGACUCCUUAUGUUGACGAUUCCGUUGUAAUUGAUGUAAAUCCAGAGAAUAAAGACAUGUCCCCCGAUUUCCUACGAUGGUUGGGGAAGAGAAACCUUUCAAGCGAUGAUCGUGUCAUGCAAUUAAAAGAAGGGUACAUAAAAGAAGGUAGCACGGUUAGCGUAAUGGGAGUUGUUCAUAGAAACGACAACGUGCUUAUGAUUGUGCCUCCGCCAGAACCUUUAACAACGGGGUGCCAAUGGGCGAAAUGUAUUUUUCCAGCCAGUCUGGAAGGAAUUGUUUUGAGAUGCGAGGAUACAUCGAAGAUUGAUGUGAUUCCAGUGUAG